CCGAAGUCAAUUCACUUUAAUGAAUGAUAUGGAAAGUUUCCGGGCUUCUGUGACAUUCUACGUUUCCCUUACAUGAACAGGAAGAGGACUUGGUAAGAUUGGUUCAUCAAAUUAAGAACAAUGGGCAUCCUAUUGAGGCGGAUUAGCUGUCCAAAUUUACAGCCAAGUUGGCCAAAUUAAUAAACAAGUUGUCCAAAAUAAGAGCCAAGGUCACCUCUACUUAUCAAUUCAUUUUUAAACGUAUUAAAACUAAUUUUAAUAAAAAUAAGACGAUAAAUAGCUUGCUAAGUUUCUAAACAACCCUUGUGAAAAGAGAGUAACAAGAAAUGUCAAUUAGUAUAGAAAAUAUCGCACUUCAAACUUGGAACUUCGAUGCUUAUAAGCAGACUGUCCAAAAUUAUGAGCACUUCCCCUAUACGGAAGUAGUCUUAGAUUUCGAAUUUCUCUGGUUUGUCACGUUAAGCUAUGCCUUGGUUUCCCUGUUAACCUAUGCAAACCAGUGUGAAGGGUCUCGAUCUCAGGGCAGACUGAAUCAAAUUCAUAAUGUUUCGAUCAAGUUUGGAGUCGUUCCAAUCUUGGGAUAGAACCCGAACACCUUCCUGAAGUGACAGAAGAUCAAAAGGUAUGGGAUACUAACCUGGAUGUCCUAUGUUCUUAGUUGACCGACGCUUCAACCAAUUUCUGAUCUUGUCCAGACUCCGAACUCGUUGCGACUGUUGCGGAGUUGUCGUCGUUGACUCAAUCCGUUUCGGAAGAUUAUUUUGUCUCUCUGUACAGUCUUGCUUUUAUGGGGAAAGUUUGGAAAGAUCGCCCAAUCUUCUUUAGAAGGCCCAGCCAGACCCCUUGUUCGUCUGCCUCAGGUCUAUGAUUUCCCACUGGGGUCGGUUACCUUAUCUUCCGUCACGUAUCUGAGUGUACCAGGCAUCUCGUCACCUCAGAGGUAGACGUCAGAAUUCUUUCGUCUUUCUGAACAAUUUUGCUUUUAUGGGAAAAGUUGCAGGCCCUCAUCCGAUUUUCCCUUAUAAGGCCCAGAUUUGUUGUUCAUCUUCCCCAGGUCUAUGACUUUCCACUGGGGUUGGUUAGCCAAUUUUCCGUCACGCAUCUGAAUGUACCAGGGCAUACCAAGCAUCAGAAUUAGGGGAAGAGACUAUACGUUACGUAUUUACUUCCCUUAAGACCCCAAACCGAGGCUCCUGUCAUUAUCCUGAACAAUCUUUCUUUUACGGGGAAAGGUUGUCAGCCCCCUGCCCAACUCUACCAAUUGCCUACGUCAAUACUGCCAAACAGGUUAACCAUAUGCAUAAUCAUAACCUGUUAUGACGUAUCAUAUAACUCGUGAAUGCUAAAGUGUAGUUCUUAAAGUAGUUUUCAUCAAAUUCUCUUGCAUUAUAAGUUUAUUUUGCAAGAGGUAGCACCGUCAGAAGUGGGAUAUAAUGCCUGAGAGUCAAGUCACAGACGAUAUAAUAGGGAGUGAGUAUGAUGGGUAAAGUGAAUUAUUAAAUAAAAUCAACGGCUAAAAUGCAAACUAAUUGAGCGUCUGACUGCAAAUUUUCACCCUUGGCGCGACGCUCUGUCAGAGACAUAUAAAAUACCACAAAUGGUGGAGAUGUAUGUAUGUAUUGUAUAUGGGGUUUUUGAGGGUUGGUAAGGGAGGGGUAGUGGAAUACCGUCAUCGCCAACUACCCUAUACCAAAAAAAUCAACCAAAAAAAAACCUCCAUUUAUUUCUCUCUCUCUCUCUGAAAUGUCAUCGACGACGCUGCGAAAACGACGUCGACGUCGGCUUUUUGGUUGCCUCUUUUUCUCAUUGCAUAUUUCUCUGUGUUUGUAGUCCAUUUUGUUACUCACAAUGGAUAUUCAAUUGGUGUUGAAUCCCCCAAUACAUGGGUCAUUCAUAUAAAUUUUAGGGUGGUUUACCUAUAUGAUGGGGGAUUGUAUGUAUGUGAGUACCACCGACCGAGUCAUUUCGGGUGAAAGGAGAGUAUUUGUUGCUGCAUGAGUGAGAUGGGAUAGGCUAUAACCUUUCAAUGGUGAAUGAGUGAGAUGGAAAAGGGAAAAACUAGCAACAAAGUGAAGAGAGGGGUUGUUCAUGAUUCAAAUAUAAACCUUGGGGUGGUUUUACUCAGAAAAUUUCUCUUUCUGAAAAGUGUAUUUGUGUACUGCGUUUUAUUUGUAUGAAGUAAGAGAGAGUGAGAGAGAGAGAGAGUGCGGAACAGGGUGAAAUGCAGAGGGAAAAUUCGAGGGACGCGUCACUGAGACUGUGACUCAAGUUCCGCAGUCGCUCCGAACCGGGGGUGGAACGACGUCGAAUGUCGAGAGAUUAUACCAAGGAAGAAGAUAACUUAUUAAGACAAAAAAAUAUCUCUAUUUUGUAGUGGAAAAUAAUAUAAGUGUCACAGUUAAUGCAGUAAAAAAAAAUUCAAUCACAAGUCGUUGUACAAUGAUCUUCUAGGCAUUUGCUGCAGCAUAGUAGUUUGUUUUUUUUUCUGGUGCGAAGAUUAUCAAAUUUGACCAAAUUCUAGUCAGUUCUGUUUGUCUGAGUGCAGACCGUGAUAUGUGGAAGAGUUGUUAGGGGAGUAAUUAUUGAGUUUUUGCAGACAAAGGAGACAUUUAUACAAAUAAAGUGGUGAAAGUCUCUCAAUUUCUGCAAAAAAGGGCGGAAAGGAAAAUCUCUUUGGACAAUAUCUAGAUAAAAAUUUAAUUUUUUCUUUAAAACUCCGUGAGAGUGCAAUUUUCUGCUGAAGAAGAAAAAAUACACAAAAUAUUUGCAAUUAUUUAAAUAGUGAGAAAUUUUUUUUUGGAUUACUUCAUAGUGAGAAGACAAAAGAAAGGAAAGGUUUCAGUGGCUAUUUAAAUUCAUUGGACACAGAGAAAUUUCUUUUGGAGCUAUAUAUUUGAUUAGUAAAGGCUAUCAACAUAGCUUCUCCAAAAAUAGACACAGAGUUGAAGAAGAAGAAGAGGGAGAGAAUUACGUGAAAUUUAAUUGUGUGUCCUCUCCUUACAAGGGGGUGAUUCAACGGUUUUUCCGCGGGGGUGGUGUUAAAUUUCUGCGGGGAGCAAAAGAAAAAAAAAGAAAUAUAUAAAAGUCAAAUAAGACUAGAAAGUUUGUGCGUUUGCUUUUGGAUACCAUCGAGAAAGCUAGAGGACGAAACAGAAAAAAAAUAAAAACGUCCGAGUUGCACAAAAGAGAAAAGCGCUACAUGUACAGCGAUAGAGGACACAGAUGAUAUAGCAAUGUGCUAGACGAAUAACGAAAAAAAAAACAUAAUAAAAUUCUAUAUAUAAUUUAAAUUAAUUUAAAAAGAAAAGUGAAAAGUGUGAGAUAAAUAUCUACAAAGAAAAAAAAAGCGAAAAGUGUUGAACAGUUGAAAGGAAUUAAAUUGAAGGAAGUGAAGUGAAAAGAGAGAGGUCCAUAAGGUUACAAGAAAAAGUAAAUAGAAUCCUGUAAAAUAAUUUUUCUAUAUAAAAUUAAAUGUGCUGAACGACGACGAAAGAUUUUAGUCCGGAAUUCCCUUAGGAUAUUUUCAUGGGAGAGCCUCUGUAGACAGAAUUGGAGUCAGGACGAAAGAUAAACUUGAGGAAUUGUGUGAAUAUCGUCCAAAAAACCCCACUUAAAACAUCACGGCUUUGUUGGAAAGGCAACGAAACGGAAGAGAGAGAGAGCGUGUGUUGCGUGAUAUUUUGAAUAAUCAUCCACCCCAUUCUUUGGCUUUCCUACAUCUGAACAAAUGAAUUGGUUUGUGACUGUGGAAAAUGGCAACGUCUCCAACACCAUCUCUGGACUCUUUGCCAGGUGCAACUAAUUCAAUUAGGUCAUUUGGUGAACAAACUGAUUACCUAUCGGAUUCACCACUGACACUGAGUGGAUCAUCACCAACGGUUUCCGAUUCGGCCAUCUGUGACGAUUUUCCGCUGAACGGUCUGGAAUCCUCCUCAGCACCGAGUAGUCAGACAGCGUCAUCGAGUGAACGUGUAAUUUGUCCCCGUUGCACGGGAUGCAAGAGUAAGCAGUUGGAUGCUGUUGCCAAGUGUAUCGAUUGUGCCAACUAUUUGUGUUCCAACUGUGUGACAGCUCAUCAAUUUAUGCACUGCUUUGACGGUCACAGUGUCUUCCGGAUUGGCAGUGACGGACAAUUGCAGGCUACAGUGUCAUCUCAGCAGCAUCCUUCGCAGUUGCAUCAGCAAGUUGACAUUAUGAAUGGUUUCGAGUCACAUCGACUGGCGCUCAGUCUUAAGGAUGAGACUUCGUUGCUUAAUAAGGCUAACAAUAUGACGUCAUUGCUCAGUGGUAGUGCUGCUAGUGGUACGGGAGGUAGUGGUUUGAGUUCACUCUUGGUUGACGGUGGUGGUUUGUUGGGUGGACCAACGAGUUCCAAUACAGCAGCACCGACAAAACCGACAAAUUCGUACUUCUGUACGCGUCAUAAGAGUGAAUUGUUGAAAUUCUACUGUCGUACGUGCAGUGUGACUGUUUGCAAGGAUUGCAUUGUGGCGGAUCAUCCGAGUGGUUUGCAUGACUGUGAACAUGUGAAUGAUGGUACACCGAAGCAGAUUGAGAGUCUGCUGCAGUUGGUGACGGAUGUACGGGGUAAGGCAACUGAUAUGAGGGCAAUGGUGAAGAAUGCCGAGCACAAUACAGCAAGGAUUCAGGUGCAGUACCACAAGGCACAGACGGAAAUCAAUGAGACGCAUAAUUUCUAUCGUUCGCUGCUGGAUGACAGGAAGCAGGAUCUGUUGAAGGAACUGGAGAGUUUCUACAAUGCCAAGACACUUUCGCAGUCGGUACUGGUGACGAAGUCACAGGAGCACAUUGAUAAGGUGCUGCAGAGUUGUGAAUUUGUGGAGAGGUUGACGAAGCAUGCGGGUUUGGCGGAGACGAUAAUGCUGAGGAAGUUGAUGGAGAACAAACUUCAGUCAUUCAUGGGGUAUAUACAGGAUUUGCAGUCGACGUACGAAUUGGAAUUUGUAUCGAACUAUCAGGCCAUUCAGGUGGGUGUACGCAAUACAUUCGGCUAUAUCAGAUCGAGCAGUGAGGCUCCGACUAAACAACCACCAAUUGCAAGACCAACAAGCAAUAGCAUCUUGACGAAUGGUAGUUCGCCAACAUCUAGUACUGGGAGUCUCAAUGUCAACAUACAACCACAGUCACAGGGACAUAUCUUAACUAAUGGUUGUCAUGCAAUUGACAGACCUUUCGCCAAUGGAACGACCUCGUCUAUCAUACAACCACAGCCGCAGACACAAUCAACCAUGUCCUUUGAUUCCAAUAUCAUCUCGAAGCGAUUCAACUCGGUUAAUAGUUUGGGUCCUUUCGUCGGUGACGUCAACAUCCAAGUGAACCCAUACGAGAAGUGGAGCAAUGGUGGAUCAGACAAUAUCUUCAAUAGUUUGUCCGAUCAGUACACCAUACCACUUGCACCGGGUAAUCAAGGUGCAACGGAUUCGGUGAUUGAUCUCACGUCCAAACUCAUGUCAACCAGCAUCUUUCCGCCCAAAUCGCAGAUAAAGCGUCAAAAGAUGAUCUAUCACUGCAAAUUUGGGGAGUUUGGUGUGAUGGAAGGGCAAUUUACUGAACCUAGUGGUGUUGCGGUAAAUGCCCAGAAUGACAUCAUCGUUGCCGAUACGAACAAUCAUCGAAUUCAGAUCUUCGAUAAGGAGGGUAGAUUCAAGUUCCAGUUUGGCGAAUGCGGUAAACGCGACGGGCAACUUCUGUAUCCAAACAGAGUUGCCGUUGUUCGUACGUCGGGUGAUAUCAUCGUGACGGAACGUUCGCCAACGCAUCAGAUUCAGAUUUACAAUCAGUAUGGGCAAUUUGUAAGGAAGUUCGGAGCUAAUAUCUUGCAGCAUCCGCGUGGAGUGACGGUUGACAACAAAGGAAGGAUCAUUGUGGUGGAGUGCAAAGUGAUGCGAGUGAUUAUCUUUGAUCAAUCUGGGAAUGUACUUCAGAAGUUUGGUUGUAGUAAACAUCUGGAGUUUCCCAAUGGGGUUGUUGUCAAUGACAAACAGGAAAUCUUCAUAAGCGACAAUCGUGCACACUGCGUCAAGGUUUUCAACUACGAAGGAGUAUUCCUGAGGCAGAUCGGUGGGGAAGGUAUUACCAACUAUCCCAUUGGGGUUGGUAUCAAUGCCGCCGGAGAGAUUCUCAUUGCAGACAAUCACAAUAACUUCAAUUUGACCAUCUUUACGCAAGAUGGUCAACUAGUGUCGGCACUUGAGAGCAAAGUGAAGCAUGCUCAGUGCUUUGAUGUUGCUCUCAUGGAUGAUGGAAGUGUUGUGCUAGCCAGCAAGGAUUACCGUCUCUACAUCUACCGGUAUGUACAAGUGCCACCGUUGGGGCUCUAGGACAAAGCCAUGCGGAGAGGGAAGAGAACCACGGGGAAUCAUGACAUCUAUCCUUUCAAAUAGAUCCACCCUCUUCCCUUUCCACAACAACAACAAAACCCAACCUUUGACAACAUAAAAACUUAAUCUUCCUACGAACCCAUCUCUUAUUUUUUAUAAAAAACUCCAUGAACAUACUUAUUCCAUUUUUAUUUUUGAAUGUUGUUUUUUUUAAUUUUAUUAUUUUUUUAUUAAUCGAAAUAUUUAAAAAAAAAUGUAAAGAAUUCUCGAAGAAGUAAAUCGUGAAGGUAAUGAAAUUUGAAGAUGAAGAAACCAAUUUGAAAUCAACGAUGUAAAAAAGGUGUUGUUUGUAUUAAAAAAUAAUGAUGAAAUGAUUAUUCAAUAAUUGAACUCCUAACUCCGCGCGCAAAAAAAAAGGUUGAAGAGCGUGAAAGUGACGGUAAACAGCAAUUAGCAUACAAAAUGCUUCGGAUAAGCACAUUAACAGAAGAAAAAAACAGUCUUUCGGUUUUUGAGACAAGGUUGAAAGCAGAUGAAACGAAAAGAUGAGAAAAAAAGAAGAAUAAAAUCUAACAAAUAUAUUUUUGUACUUUUCAUAGUGAAACAAUUUUCUAAAAGACAAACAAAAAAAAAGAAAUUUUAACCAAAAAAUGUGUAAAGAAUCUAUACAUAUUUAAAUUACUUUCAAAUCAAAGUAAAUUUGGCAAUGGAAGAGAAUACACAAAAAACUAUAUUCUUACUUAUUCUCCACUAUACGUAGUAAGUAUCUUGUGUCUCUUUUUCAUGACCAGAAUUAUAAUAAUAAUAAUAAUUAAAAAAAAAAGAAAUGAAAACAAAAAUAACACAAUUCUAUCGGACUGAAUUCACGCCUAUCUCUCUAUAUUAAUCUCAUGAAAAAAAAUCCAAGUGUUAAGCGUAAAAGUAAGGGUGGAAAGAAAGUAAUUUAUGGACGGUUAGGGUAUUAGCAAUUUUUCAACACUGAGAUCUCCGCAAAAUCUCCGAACCAAGAUUUUUAAAAUGAAAAAUUUUUAGAAGUGCUGCAGUAUUUAAAAUUAAAGAGAUUCCCAAAGGAAAUGGAAAUCACAAUCGGGAAAUGAGCUCAUUUUUUACUUGGUUUUGAGGUUAUUUUGAAAUUUGAGGUUAGGUUGGGUCUAACCCCAAAAUUGAAGUAUGCUCUUGGCGGCAAACUGAAAAUUCUCGCUCAGAUGGAUUUCUUCUUACUAAUUUGAUCGUUUCAGGAAGGUAACAUCCUUCUCUUCAUCGCUUUCAUCGAUUGGUGAAAGUGAGGUUAAGUUAACCAAGAAAUCUACAAAGUCCCUUUUAUUAAUGGCUCAAACUCCUACGUUUCUUAUCCUGAAGCAAAUUUCCUCAUUAGUUUUUCCAUUUGGAAGCUAAUUACGGAGAUUUUGAAAAAAGAAAACCUAGAGGAGAAAACAUAACCUAGAUUACUGAUAUUACAAAAGGAAAACUGACUGAAAAUUCUCAAGAAAAUCCCUUCCUAGAACAAAUAAUGAAGUUUUCGUCACUUUGGAAAGGUUUUCUAGGUUUAGUGGUCAGCAAUAUAACCUCAGUUUGCUACAUAACCUAUAUUUCAUUGGAGAAUCUCUCUUCAAGGAUUUUUAGGUUAGCCAAGUAAAAAAAUAGACCUUAUAAAUUGUCGAGGAAGGGACCUAGGGGGUUCCUGGAUGUGCUGGUUCCGUUUCUGCUCUUUGGUUUUCCCUGGGGAUCCUAGCUCUGUCCAAUUCUACUUGGGGUUUCUGGCUGCUUUGGAGUAACUUAAUUAGCUAAAGAGCGUUCUUUCUUCUCUGUCCAGAGACAAAAGGACGUCCUUAGUGUCCCUGCGUCUGUGCCCAGGGUCUGGGCUUUGAAUAGGGCUUUGGGGUACCUCACAGUUGACUAAAGAGUGUUCGUUCUUUCCUGUCCAGAGGUCAAUUGGACGUCCUUUGACUCAUCUUUCAGAUCCAGAGUCUGGACUUUUGGUCAGAGCUUCGGAGUACCCUAAUUAGCUAGAGUUUUCUUGCUUCUACGGACACCAAUAGGACGUCCUUAGUAACCCAGAGUUUGGACCCAGAGUCUGUACUUUGAAUAGGGCUUUGUAGUAUCCCACAAUUAGUUAAAGAGUUUUUCCUUUUGCCUGUUCCGGGACUAAUAGAACGUCCUUAAUAAGCAAGGGUCUGGACCCAGAGUCUGGAUUUUGGGUAGGGCUUUGGAGUACCCCACAAUGAGGUAAAAAGUAUUCCUUUUUUCCUGUCCACAGAAUAAUUGGACGUCUUUAAUAAGCCAGGGUCUGGACCCAGAGUCUGGACUUUGGUUAGGGCUUUGGGGUACCCUAAUUAGCUAAAGAAUUUUCAAAUUCCUUUCCCAGAGACUAAUAAGACGUCCUUAGUAACCCAGUGUCUGGACCCGGAGUCUAGACUUUGGUUAGGACUUUAGAGUACCCCACGAUUAGCUAAAGAGUUCUGUCUUUUCUAUCUAGAGACCAAUAGGACGUCCUUAGUAACUCAGCCUCUAGACCCGGACCCGGACUCUGGACUUUGGUUAUUACUUUAGAGUACCCCAAAAUUAGCUAAAGGGUUUUUCUUUUUCCCUAUCCCGGGACCAAUAGAACGUCCUUAAUAAGCCAGGGUCUGGACCUAGAGUCUGGAUUUUGGUUAGGGUUUUGAGGUACCCUAAUUAGCUAAAGAAUUUUCUUCUUCCUUUUCCAGAGACUAAUAAGACGUCCUUAGUAACGCAGUGUCUGGACCCGGACCCGGAGUCUGGGCUUUGGUUAGGACUUUAGAGUACCCCACGAUUAGCUAAAGAGUUCUGUCUUUUCUAUCUAGAGACCAAUAGGACGUUCUUAGUAACUCAGCGUUUAGACCCGGACCCGGAGUCUGGACUUUGGUUAGGACUUUAGAGUACCCUAAAAUUAGCAAAAGGGUUUUUCUUUUUCCCUGUCCCGGGACCAAUAGGACGUCCUUGACACCCAGCGUCUGCACCCAGUGUCUACAUUUUGAGGAGGGCUUUGAAGUACCCUAGAAUUAGCUGAAGAGAUUUUCUUCUUUCCUGUCCCAGGACCAGUAGGUCGUCCUUAAUAAGCCAGGGUCUGGACCUAGGGCCUGGACUUUGGUUAGGACUUUGGGGUACUUCUUAAUGAGCUAUAGAAUAUUUUUUCUUCCCUGUCUAGAAACUAUUAGGUCGUCCUUUGUGACCCAGCUUUUAGGUCCGGAGUCUGGAGUUUUGGUUAGGGCUUUGGAGUACCUUAAUUUGCUAAAGGGUGUUCUUUCUUUCCUUUCCUUACUAAUCCAGCAUAGCUCUGGACUUCGGUUAGGGCUUUGGAGUACCCUAAAGAGAUUUCUUUUUCCCUGACCAGGGACCAAUAGGACGUCCUUGUCCUUAGUAACCCAGCCUCUACACCGAAAAUCUUUGGAUAGGAACCUGGGAUAGGACUUCUAAAUAUCCCACAAUUAGCUAAGUAGUGUUCCUUCUUUCCUGCCUUGGGACCAAUAAGACGUCCUUAGUGACCCAUCAUGGCUUAGGGAAGGUUCCCUGUACGUUCUGGCUUCCCUGGGGGCCUGAUAGACCUCUUUAAGCUCCAGACGGUAGUUUAAGGAGGUCCUCGACAAAAUCAUUGUCCUAGAACUCCCAAGAUGAGAGUGCCUCUAUCAACCUAUGAGUUGCUCUCAUGAAUUAUAGCCUUAAUGUGAAAAAUGCCUUUUUAUGAUUCUGACGUUCCAAUUAGUAAUAAAACUUGCAAAUGAGUGAGAAAUAUCAAAAUUUCUGCCAUCUGCAACAUAUUUCAGUUUUUUUUCUAGGUUAUGUCUAACAUAACCUAACUUUUCAACAUAACCUCAUUUUGCCAAGCAAAAAUAUGAAGUUCAAUUAAUAGUUUUAUUAUUUUUACGUUUGACGUAGGGUUUAUUUCCAAAAAAACAAAGAUAAAAUUGAUAAAAGAAACUUAAGAGAAUUGAAUGCGUAACAAUUUUAACAAGAAAAAAAAGUAUUUUAAGAACUUGUAUUAGAGAAAAAAAUGUUUGGCGUCGUUGGCUUUUUGUGUCGAAUUUUUUAAAUGAAAAUUUGUGUAUAGAAAUUAUAUAAUGAAGAAAAAAAUACGCAGAGACUUAGUGAAAUUUGUUUUCUGUUUUUUUUGGAAAUGGGAGAAAAAAAAACAGAAAAUAUCCUUUAGAACAAAUUGGCAUGAGAUGUAUAUUUUAUAAUUUUCGAAAUUCUAUUAAAUCAAUUGGCAUUUAGGAGGAAUAUUUAAAAAAAAAGGUAACUGAAACGGAUUUUUCUUUGGUUAAUAAAAAUGAAUUUAAUAGCGAAAAUAUUUUACUUUCUUUCGGUGAAGAUGGUGAAUAUUCUAAUUGGGAAUGGGAAUUACUAAAGAGGAUGGAAAAAUAGAAAACAAUCUUUUAAUAAGUAAUUUAAUAAAUGAAAAAGAAAUUAAGCAUCAAGUAUUAACUAAAUGUGUGCUAAUUGGGAAAAGUGGGAGAUUUGCAACACAAAAAAAAAUAUGGUAAAAAGAAUUAUUUGUAAAAUAUAUAGUAUUGUAAUGCUGUUAUUUUUGUUUGUUUUUGGUUUGUUUUUUUUUAUUUUGAUUUUUUUAGUAAACUUAAUUUAUUGGAAGAAAUAUAAAAAUACUUUUUUUUGUACGUGCUGCAUUUAUUUUAUAUUUCUUUCUAUAUUAUUUUUUUUGACAAAGUCUUUUUCUAUUUUCUAGAGUUUUAAAUAAAAUAUUUCUUUCCCUCGAAUUUUUUUGUGGAUUAUUUUUAGCACAAAUAAAAAAAAGAACAAGAAACGUGUCGCAAAUAAAGGAAAAAAUAGUAAUAUGCGUGACUAGGGAAUGUAAAUAGAAGUAUUUUUGAUCAUAUUUUUACCAAUAUUAUUAAUAAUACUUAAUAUUUAUUGAAUAAUUGACUAUUGAUAUAUUGUUUGUGUAGGGCUCUCAUAUACAAUCACAAUGAAAUGAUAAAAUGAUGAUAGAAAUGGGUGGUAAAAA